GAUUUUCUCUUCCUCUCUUUCUUAUAUUGCUCUUUUCCCACCUCUUCCCCUCUCCACGGCGAAACACUCCCACCUCCUUCCUGUCUCCAUGGCGGAACACUUUCACCACCUCCCCUCUUCACGGUAUUUUUCCCUCUCAUCCUCUCCAACGACGACGGCGGAAUCUUAACUUCUUUUUUCUUCCGGCGGCGAAGCUUCGGGUUGAGCGAGAGAGCUUAGGGUCUUCUCUUCCUCUCCCUUCCAGCAGCAGUGUUCUCCGAUAACAAGGUUACAAAACGUGCCAGCGAUAGCAGAAGCAGUCUCCGUCUCUCCCCACUUAGCCAAAACCUUAGCCAGUCCAAAAUCUGCAAUUUUGGCAUUCAAUUCAUGGUCUAAAAGGAUAUUGCUACACUUAAUGUCGCGAUGAAUGAUUGGUGGGGAGCACUCGUGAUGCAUGUAUCAUAGAGCUCCAACUGCAAUUUUGCAGUCUAGUAUUCCAUUCCAAGACAGAAUGUGCUGAAGCAGUAAUAGCUUUUUCACUUAUUGAUCUCUUGUGAUGAAGCCACUUGUCUAAGCUUUGAUUUUCCAUGUACUCACCUAAUAAUUCAACCAAAGACCUAAUGUUCUUAAUCUUAAAAUUCCAGCUAUAGUGGGUAAACCCGGUCCCCAGAAAAUUUGUUAUCACUUCUAGGCUAUGUUACUCGGACUCUUCAAAAAUAUUAUUGGGUGCGUGUCGGAUCCUUCAAAUUUAGUGCAUUUUUGAAGGAUCCGACACGGGUGGGGCAGCACUUUUGGAGAGUUCGAGCAACAUAGCUUCUAGGCUUUUUGAGUCCAUAUAUAAUUGGUGGAAUUAUUCCAGUAAGUUGUUUCUCUCCGAGAUGGAUGCUUGUCAGAACCUUUUCUGCAUUCUACACAAAUCAAUUGCAAUAUGAGAUGCGGAACCUUGUCUGCAGGUGUGAGCACAGGAGGUUGCCAGGAGAACCGCAAAUAUGGUCAAGUUGGUCCCAGGUGCGAAAAGCACUGGGCAGAAUAUAAACAUAGGGUUCCGAGGUUUUAUCAUUUUUGGACUUUGCAAACUCGAAUUAAGGCGCUUUUGAGAGGGAUUUCGAGGGGUUUCUCGAGCCAGAUUCGAGUCAUUCCGAGGCCGAUUCAUAAGGCAAGAGAUUAUUGGAGUAGAGAUUUGCACGGCUUGAGAUUCAGGUACUUCCGGAUACGGUGGUUUGCUGGUUUUCGGAGCUUUAUCAGUUCAAAGAUUUUCGAGGUAGCUGCUCUGACGUCCACAGACCUUGACUCUCCUUCUUUAUCUGUUAGUUUUAUUUACAUAUAUUGUUCUACUUUCCUAUAUGGUGUUUCAGUAUUUCGGACCAUAUUAUUUUAUAAAUACUCAUGUACUCAGUGACAUCCGGAUCUUUAGGGAAUAUUGUAUAAAUGCUCAUGUAAAAAAUACUUUCCGGAAAAGUUUUUUCACUCA